UUGUACUCCUGAUCCUUGUCAGAAUGGAGGAACUUGUACUGAUGGAGUGAACAGCUUCACUUGUGCCUGCACACUGGGCUAUACUGGGAGUAUGUGCCAAACAGAUAUCGACGAUUGUAAUCCUGAACCUUGUCAAAAUGGAGGAACUUGUACUGAUGGAUUGAACAGCUAUACUUGUGCCUGCGUACUGGGCUAUACUGGGAGUAUGUGCGAAACGGAGAUAAUCUACUUGGAUUAUGGAGCAGACAUUGAUGAACAGGUUACUUUCCAAUCUAACUUACUGGCUUGGGGGUGCGUUGAUAUCAAGUCAUGUUUUCCGAUCGGCAACGGGCAUCUAUACACAACUAUACGGUUCACAGCUACUGGCAUGAUCGAGUUCUCCAACGUCAGAUGUUCGAUCGACAAGUCUCUGACUCAGUACACAAACCCAUCUCUCUUCACUGCAACUGAUAAUGAUGCGUCAAUUGCUGUCCUAGGAGCUGCAGUCGACCUCAGCAUUGGUGAUCCCAAAAUGUUUUAUCAGCUUCAAGAUGAGUAUGACAUCUCAGAUAACAACCUUAUUCAAGCCUUAAAGAGCAGGCUAAACAGGGCAGACUCGGAAUUGAGUGAUAUUAAUCCCAUAGCAGCGUUGAAGAUCACUUGGGAAGGUAUCCAGCCCCCUGGAUCACAACCGGGACAGGAGUCAAACACCUACCAGGCUGUGGUAUUCACCGACGGCAAACAGACAGGUGUAAUGAUGAACUACCAGGCAGGAGACCUUCAAUGGCUGACUCAAUCAAAACCAUUACCAGCACGAGUCGGAUACAGUAACAUUGACGAUGUAAUAAAUCUGUAUGAAGAUACUGAUCAGAACACUAUUUAUAAUAGUUAUCGACGAGACUUGGUCACAGGAAAUACGGGUCAGACGGGCAGCUACAUUUAUCGCCUAGACCUCAAUGGUGCCGAUUUUGUCAACCCAUGUGUUGAGUGUCUAAUGUGGUAUGAGAAUGACCUCAACGUGACCUACAACUAUUUAGCUGCAUCUGUGUGCCCUUGUUCAAGUAGACAAGCUGCAACUGACGUAAACUUCAGAAAAUGUACUUUUCCAAGGAACAACGAUCCCGAUUUCAGCAGAGCCAGUUAUAGUUCAGUGAACUGCUACCAGUCAACCACGGAUGGUGAUGAGGGUUUCCGCUGUAACUACAUUAAUGAUGCUCUAGUCACAGACUACCAGAACCUAUGGGAAUCCAGCAAUUUCCAGGCACUCUUACUUGCAAAAUCUCUAAGAAACAAUGACGCUUUGUAUAAUGAAUGGAAAAGUGAGGACGUCGUACCUAGACAAAUGUGCUGUGAAAGGGCUAUUCUUAGUGAGGGAUAUUGUGAUCUUUAUGAGGAGCGUCGCCCGCAGGCAAGCUGUGACGGAUAUUACCCUCCCAAUGGUGCUCAGGGAUCUGGUGACCCACACUUUUUAACCUUUGAUGGGAGGAUGUACAGCUUCAAUGGAUUUGGCGAGUACAUUAUGAUGCAAUACAACAAUAAUGACCCAUUUGUUCUCCAGACUCGUACCGGCGCAGCAUUCAGGAAUGGUGAACCUGUUAACACAGGGACAGUCUUUGCGGGUUUCGCUGCGACACAAGGCAUUACAAACGUAUCAUUUACUUUAAAUGAUGAUAGAACAGAGCUGCUACUCUCAGUCAACCAGACGUCGGUCGAUAUAACAUCUCUUGAAGCAGAUGGCUACGAUUCCGCUGACCCAACUUUCAGUCUAUACAGUGAUGAUGAGGCGGCAGAAAGUGAAACUGCUAUCAUCGUUACCUUUAAACUACCAGACAUACCUAGCUCCGGACUUCGUGUGGUUUUCAGAGCUGGAAUAUUACUAGGAAAUAGUUUUGUUCCUCGAGAAUACGCUACUGGAGGGAUUGGAAAUGGUCUAUUUGGCCUCAUGAAUGGUGAUAAGAAUGAUGAUUUCCAAUACCGGGACGGAACCAUCAUCAUGGAUACGGCUGAGAGAAACCUGACGGAGAGAGAUAUCUUUGAGUUUGGACAAAGUUGGAUGAUCUCACCUAGUGAAUCUCUUUUCGAUUAUGGUGAUCGGGAUUGGAGUCAUUAUAACGAUCCUUCCUACGUCCCUCCCUUCCUCUUUGAGCUGAUUGAGGCAGAUCCGGAGUUGGCAGCACAAGCUUUAGCGUUUUGUGGGGAUAGUGAAGCAUGCCUCUUUGAUUCCCUAGCAGUUGAUCCAUCUGUUGGUUUAGAUACAUUGUCUUCUAACAAUGCUUUUGAUAUACUGCUAUCUGAUUUAAAUAACUUCCCACCUAACAUCACAUCUGUCAUUGAGACCAGUUCGACAGACGCACUGUCAGAGAGUGGUAUACUGCGUGUUACUGUUAACCAAACAGUCACCUUACAAAUAACAGCUUCAGAUCCAAAUGACGGAGAUGUUGUGCAGUAUUCAUUGCAGGGUGCUCUGCCUGGCGCAACCAUAGACCAAAAUACUGGAUUGUUCACAUGGACUCCUCCAAGCUUAGAUGUUUCUAUGAUUGAGAUCGUAGCAACCGAUGAUUUUGGGGCGAGUUCUUUACUAGCUUACAAGGUCAGAGUGUGUCAGUGUUCCAAUGAUGGAGUAUGCAACUUUGACAUCUUAGCAGCAAAUCAGGAUCUCAACAACAAUGGCUUUACCGUUGUCACAUGUACAUGCGAGGUUGGCUGGUCAGGUGAUCACUGUGGUGUAGACUUCGACUCUUGUCAAGGUUCCCCUUGUUAUGAAGGUGUUUUCUGCUCUGACGAGCCGCCACCUUCACUUAUGCCGGUGUGUGGACCAUGCCCACCGUCUCUUACAGGAGAUGGAUUAACUUGCUUUGAUGUUGACGAGUGUGCAAAUGACACACUUAAUGAAUGUGAUCAGAACUGUCAUAACAGACUUAAUGGAUAUGAUUGCUCAUGUAAUGAUAGCUUUACACUUGAUAUGGACCAAAGAAGGUGUAAUGAUAUUGACGAGUGCAUAUUGGGUACACACGGUUGCCAAAACAACAGUCUUUGUAAUAAUACCAUCGGGUCCUAUCAAUGCUAUUGCGAAGUCGGAUUUUCUCCAAUUACAAAUGAUAACGUCAAUUGUGAAGAUAUUGAUGAAUGCACGGUGGACAGCCCAUGCGAUGCAGAUGCAACGUGUGGAAACAAUGAAGGCUCUUUCAUAUGCACGUGUAAUGAGGGUUACGUAGGAGAUGGAACCACUUGUACAGAUAUGAAUGAAUGUCUGGACGAAUCUCUAAAUGACUGCGCCUCACAGGCGACUUGUGUUAAUUCACGUGGUAGUUUCUCAUGUGCGUGUGAUGGAGGCUGGGUCGGCAACGGUACCUACUGUGAGGAUGCUAAUGAGUGCUUCACUAAUAGAGAUGAUUGCAGUGAUGAUGCGACAUGUGAGAAUAAUCCUGGGAGCUACUUCUGCACCUGCAAUGAAGGAUAUGUUGGAAAUGGAAUCACAUGCUUCGACAUCGACGAGUGUGCCUCUGAAGAGGAUAACUGUACCAUGUCAGCUCUGUGUGUCAACACAAACGGAUCGUUUGAGUGUCAGUGUGCCGACGGCUACAUACAAAAUCUACAGGGAGAAUGUGAAGAUGAGAAUGAAUGUGUCAAUAACCCUUGUCAUAUGGACGCACAGUGUGUGAAUACUAAUGGAUCAUUCGUCUGCUCAUGUAACGAAGGACUUCAAGGAAGUGGACUCAUAUGUGAAGAUAUCGAUGAAUGUACAUUGGAAACUCACGAUUGUCAGCAGAGCUGCAUUAAUGACAGUCCUGGGUUCAACUGCAGUUGUUUUUCAGGCUUUAUUCUUACGAAUGAUAACAAGACAUGCAUGGUUACUGAAAGUUGUGACCUCGAAUGUGGCACUGGUGUCUGCAUUAAUUCUACGGAAGAGGAAAUCUGUGUAUGUGAUCAGACUGGAUAUGAAUUCAAUUCAACUAUAAACAACUGCACAGACAUCGAUGAAUGCAUUGGGGAGAAUCUUUGCGAAAUGAACUGCAUUAACAUCCCAGGAGGAUACGACUGCUCCUGUGGAGAGAAGUUCUUGCUCCAAGCAGAUGGAAGAGGUUGUUCAGAUCGGGAUGAAUGUCUUGAUGGUACUCAUACUUGUGAUACCAAUGCUGCAUGUUCCAAUAAAGAUGGGGGUUUCACCUGUACAUGCAAUAAGGCUACGUGGGAAAUGGAACAGUUUGUUUGAAUAUCGAUGAGUGCCUUUCUACGUCCCCAUGCCACGUCUUCGCGAAUUGCAUGGAUACAAAUGGCUCUUUCAAUUGUAUGUGUAUGCCAGGUUUCUCUGGUAAUGGCUUCAGCUGUGUAGAUGAUAAUGAGUGUGAUUCAUCUCCUUGUGAUGUGAAUGCUGCAUGCAACAACACAGAUGGGUCUUACUCAUGUACCUGCCUUGAAGGUUAUACUGGGAAUGGUCUAAAUUGCU